UAGUCUCUCUCUCUCUCUCUCUCUCUCUCUCUGCCAGGGGGUUGAGCCGUUGUGAAGGCAGCGCAUCACUACUAACACUAAUUUUGUAAACACUGCAGCCAGCUGACAGCAGUCUGAGAGUGCGGUACCUGCGGGUGUGUGGCUGUGUAUCCCUGAUAGCAGUAGUGAGCAGCAGCAACAGCAGUAUCAUCAGUGUGAGACAUGAGUGGGCUGGUGGCGCUGGUGCUGGGAGGCACGGGAGAGGUUGGGCGGGAAUUGGUGCGGGAGCUGGUUGCCAACCCUGCCUUCUCCCGUGUGGUGAUGGUCGGGCGGCGAGAGGUGCAGCUUGACUCAGACAAAGCUGAACAGAAGGUUGUGGACUUUGACAACCUGGAUCUCUACAAGGAAGCUUUCCAGGGUGCACAGGUGUCAUUCUGUUGCCUGGGAACCACACGAGGCAAGGCUGGAACUAAGGGCUUUGUGAAGGUUGACCGUGACUAUGUUGUCCAUGCUGCCCGCCUGCUGAAGGAAGCUGGCUGCCCUCACUUCAACCUAGUCUCCUACAGUGGUGCCAACAAGAAUGCCUUCUUCCUCUAUCCUAAAACUAAAGGAGAAGCAGAGUCGAUGGUGACAGAGAUUAAUUUUCCACGCCUCUCAAUAUUCCGGCCUGCUUUGCUUCUUUGUGAGCGUGAGGAGACAAGGCCUGUGGAGAAGAUAGCACAGGUUGUUGUUCGAGGCUUUGACUGGCGGAACAAAAUCAGCAUAGGGACGGACACGGUGGCAAGAGCCAUGGUCAUCAAUGCCCUGGAACCACAGUCACCCACCAAGUCUGAGGAGUGCAAAGUGGAGAUCUUUCAAAAUACUGACAUCCUGCGGCUUGGCAUUGACUGAUGGUCCCCCAAGAGUCACAUGGCAGGGUUGUGCCCACGCUUGGCCGACAGAGAUGGAGGUGGUGUUUGUGUUUGCACAUUAGGUAUUUCAUCACACAAACAGCUGUACUUGGUGUGUAAAAUGUUGAUUGGUACCAGCUAGUGGUGUUUGAUUAUUAAACUGAUGCAUCAAUUUCACAUCCAUUUUACAGAGAGGUUUCUUUGAAUUGUCACUCUUAUUUCAGAUGAAGUCAGAUUAUUGCCUAGAUCUUUCUCACAUUUGCUUUCAAUCUAGUUUUGCUAAAGUUGUGUGUGAAUGCAUAUUGAUUGUAUGGUUGUAUAUUUUGUUGAGUAUAUUUUCAUAUACUGUUGAUUAGUUUUAUCAGACCAACAAUGACACACACACACACACACACACACACACACACACACACACACACACACACACACACACACACACCAUCACCAUAUUUUCUGGCAUAUAAAGCAUGUCCAAGAAGUGAUUGAGUACAUAAUUUAAAUCCAGAAGUAUGUGGUUAAUUUCCAUUUAUUAACUCCGUGUAGAUUUUGCCCUGUAAUAUUUGUCAUUUUGUUUUUAACAGUCAGAGAGUUCAUGGAUAAGAAAGAUGACCAAUAGGACCUAAGCAAAGAUAAUAUGAUAAGGAAGAUCUUAAUAUCCAUUUUUUUGGGGGGAAGAAUAAAAUAUUAGUAUCAAUAAUAUGUACUAAACAAAAUGGCUUGAGAGAAGUACUUUCAUACCAACAACAGGGUAAACAUGCAUACUUCAUUGUCUUAGGUAUUGAUGUUGAGAUACUGCAUAUUGAUCCCUGCUGACACUGUUCAUGUAUUCCAUUUAUAAUCCUCCCCUUUAUUUUAGUGAUUUUCUUCACUGGUCACUCUCCUUCUAUUCUCUUCAUGUAUAGAGUUGAAAGAUGAGAACAGUUAAGACUAAGUAAAGUAGGAAUGUGGUAACUGCACCACCUGUUGGAGUCAUCUGUAUCAGUGUGUGGUGGGAGCCUGGGUGGUCAGCCAUGCUGCCUCCAGGUCAUGCUGCUUAGAUAUCCACAUUUGUUGUAUUUUGCUAAUAACCAAACAACACGAUGAGGAGGGAUGAAAGCCUCUCUCUUGGCUUGCCCAUUUCCUUGAAAGUAAGACACAAAAUGCCUAUUAGCUAAAAAUACCAAAAGGAUUUGAUAUGAAUUUGAAUGCAAUAGAAAUAACCAAUAGUUAGGAUAAAAUUAAUUUUGGUGGAAAAUAGAAUAUUGAAAGUGAUGUAGUACAUAGCUACACCUUAGAUAAUCAUGUGUUCUAUAUGCCAAAAAAUACAGUAAUUACAGAUGUUAUUAACUUUUUUUCCAUGAAUUAAUUAAAUGGUUAAAAACCCACCUUUUCCUGAGAAGUGUUAGAUGUGGUGCUACAAAUUAAUGGUGCAUUUGGUACUUUUAUAGAAUCAUGUUUUUGAUGUUUAGGACCAAGGCAUUGAGCUUAUGUAUGUGAUAUAUUUGUUUGGUAUAUGUCACCCUUUGUAUGUAGGGUAGGUUAAGAAACCUGUGUAUGUGUUUAUGAUUAAGUGUGUAAAAGGUUGCCUUAUUUAUCCUUAAACCACUCUCAGCAAGUGUUCUGAGGGUACACUGGCUCUGGCUCCUCCACUGUCACCAUGCAUGUUAUGCUGCAUAUUAUUCAUACACAGUUCUAAAGGUGACUUCCCUACAGGAAGGAUUUGAUAAGCAAGAGUCAGAGUAGCAAAUAGUUGGUUGUAAGCAAGUUUAACUGGUGUUGCCAAACUGAUCUCUACCUUAACACACACAUUUUCCUUUGCCUUAAUUGAGAUUCAUCAAAGUUUGCAGGGCCUCGUCCACAGAAUUACCAGAUUUUGCCUGUACACUGGGCAAAGCUUUUAUGUUGAGCACACAAGAGUUGUCAAUUGUCAUCCAUAUCUGGCAGCAAAUGAUCAAACAACUUGACAGAUUGGUCUUAGCUGGUGGUUCUGCUUCACCACAGACACAGGCAUUCUGUCAAUCCUGCCUAGAUAAUAGUCGUGAGGUAAGUGCCAGUCAGGCAGUGCUGGCGUGAUAGGGCCUUGACCUCCAUGGGAGGAGAGAACUGACCAACCUUAAGAUUGUAAACCAUAUAAAUUAUUUUGGACUUUUAUGUAAAAGGGACUCUUGCUAAGGGCAACAAAACAUAAAAGAAUUAAAGUCCACUGAAAUUAUCAGUUGUAAAAGAGAACAGCCCACUGGUAUUAGGGAACUAGACAGAAUAUGGAUGAGAGUGUGAAGUCUUGUGGAUUGAAGCUAUGGAAGUUGAGGAGGCAUGCAAUUAGAAUGCUCUGAAGAGUAGUUAAUGUAAAAAAGUAAUAGUGGAUAGCAAAAGAUCCUUCGCCCCCUCCCUCCCAACCCCAC